ACCAAUCAAUGAAAAGCAGCCACUAACCAACUACAGUCAAAUCUUCAAAAAAAUGGAAAAGAAUAAGAAAUAGACACCCUCCCUCCCUCCCCCUCUUUUGCCUCUCCCUUUCAACAAUUUUGUCUCUUUCUUUCUUUUUCUUCUCUUGUGAAUGAAUGAAUAUACAUGUUGAUGUUGUUUCACACUAUAUUAAGGGUCUUUACUUAGCCAUUCAGUUAACAAACACUUGUUCAACACAAAACAAAAACAAAACAAAACAACAAAAGAAACACAACACCAAACCUCGUGCAUCAUUCUAGUACAAGUAUACCAAAUUCAUUCACAGCCACAUUUCCUUCAUCUCUUACCUUUUUCUCUUAUCUAUAUAACAAUUUACAAUCCCCACCUCAUUUUCUUCAUCAAAGCUUCAAUCUUUCUUCUUUUCUUUCAACUGGGUCAUCACUAAAUUCAUCACAAUUCAAAAAAGAUUCAAUUUUUUUUUUGAAUGUUUUGUUUGGGUUGAUUCCCUGUGUUGACACGUUGUAGACAUCACGGCUUUUCUUAGAGUUUAUCGAUCUCUUUCUCAUGCCCGAACUGUACGACGUAAGGGUUCUUGUUUAACUCCGACUAACCCUUCGCCGCACGGUGGGCGUGGUGCUCUGCCUUCUGAAGGUGGUAGCCCCUCCGAUCUUCUCUUUCUUGCUGGUGGUGGUGUCUUUGCUUCUUCUUCUUCUUCUUCUUCUUCUUCUUCUUCUUCUUUCUCUUUCUAAUUUUUCUCUUUAGUUUAACUUUCUUUCUAUUAGAUUCUUCUCUUAAGACUAAGAUUAAACCUUGUAAGUAAGAUUAAGAUUAAGAUUUAGUUGAAGGUGCUUCUUCUUUUUCUUGUUGUUUCUGCUGUUGUUGUUGUUAAGACUUAAAAUACAAAAAAGAGUUGUUUUUGUGUUUGGUUUGUGAAAAUGAUGCUCAAAAUCAAAAGGGUUCCUACCGUUGUUUCCAAUUAUCAAAAAGAGGAAGUUGGAGAUGCUCCUCGUACUGUCGGAGGUUGUGGUCGGAAUUGUCUCAAAGCUUGUUGUAUUCAAGAUGCAAAGCUACCUUUGUAUGCUUUUAAGAAGAUCAACAAAGUUAAUGGAAAGGACUUGGCAAUUGAUGAGUGUCAAGAGGAGCUUCCUUUGGCCUUUUUGGACUCUCUUGUUCUUGGAGAGUGGGAAGAUCGUAUGCAAAAAGGACUUUUUCGUUAUGAUGUUACCGCCUGUGAAACCAAGGUAAUUCCGGGUGAGUGUGGUUUCAUUGCUCAGCUUAACGAGGGUCGUCACCUCAAGAAGAGACCAACCGAGUUCAGGGUUGAUAAGGUCCUUCAGCCCUUUGAUGAAACCAAAUUCAACUUUACUAAAGUUGGCCAAGAAGAGGUUCUGUUUCAAUUUGAAGCUAGUGAAGAUGGUGAAAUCCAGUUCUUUCCAAAUGCUCCAAUCGAUGUUGACAAUUCUCCCAGUUUCGUUGCCAUCAAUGUCAGUCCUAUUGAGUAUGGGCAUGUUUUGCUGAUUCCGCGCAUUUUCGAGCGUUUGCCUCAAAGGAUUGAUCACGAGAGCCUCUUGCUUGCUCUUCACAUGGCAGCUGAAGCUGCUAAUCCAUAUUUCCGAUUGGGUUACAACAGCCUCGGUGCUUUUGCAACUAUUAACCAUCUUCACUUCCAGGCUUAUUAUUUGGCUAUGCCGUUUCCUAUUGAGAAGGCUCCCACUAAGAAAAUCGCAAUGUCAAAUGGUGGAGUGAAGAUAUCUAAAUUGUUGAAGUAUCCGGUUAGAGGUCUUGUCUUUGAGGGUGGCGACACACUUGAAGAUUUAUCAAAAAUUGUUUCAGAUGCUUGUAUCUCCCUACAAAACAACAACAUACCUUACAAUGUUCUUAUUUCUGACUGCGGAACGCAAGUAUUUCUGUUGCCACAGUGUUAUGCAGAGAAACAAGCUCUUGGAGAAGUGGAUGCUGAGCUUCUCGACACACAAGUAAAUCCUGCAGUGUGGGAAAUAAGCGGACACAUGGUUUUAAAGAGGAAAAAGGAUUUCGACGAGGCGUCUGAAGCCAAUGCUUGGCGACUUCUUGCAGAAGUUUCACUUUCUGAAGAAAGGUUUCAAGAAGUCAAUGCUCUUAUCUUUGAAGCCAUUGCUUUAACUGAAGAAUUGGAUGACAAUCUUCAAUCUCUUCCCAAAGACGACGCUGUCAACUCGAGCACAUACCCUACUGUGGUGGCUGGUUCACAAGAAUGUGUUGUUCUGCAGUAACAGCAACAAGGUUCUAAAUGAACAAAUUCAGUGAUUGUGCAGUGUUUAUAAAAAUUUGCUGGAUUAUGUCUUAUGUUUGAAAUAAGUACCUUCAAUGGUAACAUUUGCUUAAGUUGUUCUAGAUUUAUGUUGUGCUUAAUGUUUGUGUUUUGUAUAACUGUAUUGUACUUUCUGUCAUGGCUUUCACUUUGCCUAAAAUAACAACUUCAUGUAUCUGUUUCCUUAGCUAAUCAAACUGCACCUUGUUAAAGAUAAUGUAUUUCUGGUUCCACAUUUGUAAUAAAUAAACGUGGUAUUUUUAUAUA